UCCAAGCCAAUUUCCGGUCCGCACAAGCAUCACCAAUAAUUGGCGAUUUUCGAUCGGUACAAAUUAACGAAUUUCCCUAUGUUGUUUGCCUAUCGGCAUACGUACCUGGACGUUCUAUGAGCGAUAACAUCUUCUGUUCAGGAACACUGAUAGCGACGUAUCAUGUUUUAACGGCUGAACAGUGUUUCGAAAAUAUAGGAAAUGAUCCGAUACAAAUAAUAUUAUCAACUGGUGAUUUGACACAUGGCACUCAUACUUUUCCAUUAUGGUGGAUAUCCUAUGAUAUGUGGGCUCACCAUUCGAGAUCACAAAUAACAACAAUAUACAAUAAUAUCGCCAUAAUAAAAAUAUUUGGAGUGACACCGUCACUUCGCAUAGCUCCACUAUCGACAAUAUCACCAUUGCGUUUAUUGGAGGGAUUUCGUGCUGAGUUAUGUGGAUGCAGUGUACGAAAUGCUAAUGCCAAUCCGAUAAUGAUGCAAAAGGCGGAAGUGAGAAUUCUAAAGAGAGAGACCUGUGCGCAUAUUGUCUCAGAACUUGAAGGAGUAGAAUUGGUUUUCCCAGACAAUUAUAUAUGCACUAACGCAAAUCCAGUUGUGCAUCUUGAAAAUAAGGACAAAGGUGGCCCAGUCCUAUUUUUCGAUAGCCUCAUAGCUAUCAAUGUUGGGACGUUCCCAUGCAUGGAGGGAGCAUAUAAUGUUAACAAAGUAAACGGGCACAUUACCGUCGACCAUUACAGAGUCUUUAUUUAUGAUAUGUUGAACUAUUAG